AUGAGUGGCAAAGCGCGUGUUGGACCGCGACCCAACGCGGACGGAUGGAAGCAUGAGAAAGGUCUUCCAUUCUUGCACAAAACGUUCACAGCGUUUGGCAUUCUGCCGCCAAACAACAUGGAGGCGUACAAAGCCAAGCCGGGGGAGAAAGUGCAAGUUUACCGCGAAUGGAAUCAACUCAUUUUCCCUUUACCGCUGGCGUUUGUGCCUUUCCUUGCGCGUUAUUACUACUACCACUAUGUUUCUCAUGAGAUGCCGAGUACCUUGAUCACGUCCUUGUUGCUCUUUGCGCACACUUUCUUGGUUGGCCUGUUAUCCAUUCAACAUUUCAACAAGCUGGUUCGUCAACAUGGAUACCUCGAUGCAGGUGCGGGUCGCGACACUGUCCCGUUUGAGCUCAUGCCGAAAGUGGCAUUUGAGAUCUUUGCUGCGGCCAUUCUGCGUCCAACCAUGAUUGUGUUGGCUUGCUACGACCCGAAGGAGGAGCCCCGCCUUACUUGGUGGCUCCCUGUCCAGAUCUUUGUUCUUACUCUUACAGAGGACUUUACGUACUACUGGCUCCAUCGCCUUUGCCACGAAGCAGAUAGCUGCUGGCAUUUCCACCGUUUGCACCACACUACGAAGCACCCCACUACGAUGCUUCUUGGAUACGCGGACGACUUCCAAGAGUUUAUCGACUUUAUUGGAUCGCCGACAAUCAGCUGGCUCAUGUGUCCGUUUGGAUUUGACGUGACUAUGACUUGGAUGUUUAUGUUGAAUUAUGUUCAGUUGGCUGGCCACACUGGUUUGCGGAUGCAUGCGGGCUCGAUUUUGUCCGGUCCUUACCUUAGUCCGUUUGGUAUGGAUCUCGUGGUGGAAGACCACGAUCUUCACCACCGUCACGGCUGGAAAGAUUCGUACAACUACGGCAAGCAGACGCGCUUUUGGGAUACUUUGUAUGGCACUGCCGGUGACCGUCUGGAGGGGCAUCCCGAUAAUUUGGACUGGAGCCACUACAUUAGCGUUUGA